AUGUCUUCGUUUUUACUUUGUGGUCUAGUUGCCGCAUACCUUACUCUUACCACUGGAACCAUUGUGCCAGCGAGAUCGACAGGAAAUGCAUCAUGGCCUUAUCACACUUUCAAGACCGCAAAUUUCACGCCACCAUAUCUCGAAUUCUCCCAGAAGGCUUCGUCGUCGGAUGACUUUCUCUUCAUUGCACCUGAUGGAGCGACAGCUUUCCAGAAGGCACCUGUCAUCAUGACAGGCCAGGGCGAGCUUGUCUGGAACGGCCCCUUACAGCAUGCUUUCAGCUUUGGUGUUCAAACGUAUGCUGGCGAGAGAGUUUUAGUUGGAUGGAACGGAUCUUCCUUUCCAGAACCCGUGGGCAGGGGCAACGGUGUGGWGACUCUCUGGAACAAACAAUAUCAGCAGAUUGCAGAGGUAAAAUUGCCUGGCAACUUUCUGGAGCUCACCCCUGGAAAUCGCUUCGCCAGUAAUAUUGAUCUCCACGAAAUCUUCAUCACGCGGGAGGAUACCAUGGUGGUCACCGCGAACAAUGUUACUCAAGCUGACCUCUCGUCCGUGGGCGGCGGAGCGGAUGGCUGGAUUGUCGAAGCUCAGGUUUACGAGAUUGACAUUGCAACAAACGAGGUCCUCUUUGAGUGGAAGAGUCUUGAUCAUCUUGACACUUUACCACUAAGUGCAUCGGUCUACCCUCUUGGAAGUGAAGGCUACGAUGGCCUGAGCCAAGAGACUGCCUGGGGAUACUUCCACAUCAAUGCUGCUUCCAAAUUCCACGAUGGCUACAUUUUAAGCUCCCGAUACCUUUCUACUGCUAUUGUGAUAGAUUCACGCGGAGAGGUCAAGUGGCGACUGCAGGGUAUAAACGGCGGCGACUUCACUCUGGGAGACGGAGCCGACUUUCGAUACCAGCACCACAUCAGAGUGGUUGAGGAACACAACAAUACCUGCAUCACAAUACGACUGCAUGAUAACCACAAUUGCCCAAUUGACAAUAACACAGUUCCUGCUWCGGGAAAACUCAUCACCGUCAAUCUGGAGACGAAGGAGGCGACUUUGGUUCAGAAGUUCCUCAACGAGACUGGUCCMAUUUACCCGACUGCUCAGGGGAGUUUCCAAGAAAUGAAGAACGGCAACUAUUUCACUGGACACGGGUGGAUACCUGUACUUGAGGAGUUCUCUGCAAAUGGUGAGGUGCUCAAUACGAUUCAGUUCGGAGAGGCGGUAAGAAGAGAAGGGGGAGGAUUCGAGAGCGGAGGUAGAGGCACCCUUUCGUAUCGAGCUUUCAAGCAAGCAUGGACCGGCUGCCCUUUGACGAAGCCUUCCGUUGCCGUGGAGUCUACUGGAAAGGACACAGCUUCCCAAGGGACUAGAGUGUUUGUUAGUUGGAACGGAGCUACGGAGGUUGAUGGUUGGACCAUUUACGGCGGGAACAAAACUUUAUCCCCUCUGGCUAACGUGAGAAAGACUGGGUUUGAGACGAUGUUUGACUUGCCGAACGUGCAGUUCGUACAAGUGAAGCCCGAAUGGAGGCGGCGUGCGGGCUGCGGGCAUGAAGAAGCGAGGUCGGAUGUGGUGUCCGUGAAUGGAGAAAUGCAUAAAUUGAUAUCGGAAAUGAUCAGCGCAUGUAAAGAGAGAGUGCUUCAAUAG